AUGAUACUUCUUUUGUUUAAGCACAUCGCUGCGGUGACCGUAGCAGCAAUCUCCUUCGAUGAGGGACCAUCACAACAUACCGAUCAACUGCUGCAAUACCUACGGUACUACAACCUUCCUGUGUGCUUUCACGUGGAUCCGUACCGAAUUAACGAUGCAGACCUGAUAGCAAGAAUGGCAGAGCACCAUGAAGUAGGCUUGGCCAUUACAGAGGAGAUCAAAAAUGUUCGUGACAUUGAUCGAUACAUAGGGAAGUUUAAACGAAUAACCGGUUUAGUGCCGCGUUUUGUACGAUUGCCCCGUUUUGGAUGGCCUGAAUUUGCACAACAACAUUGCGAACAAAAGAACUUGAUUGUUACCACGCCGAGCCUCGACACAGAAGACAUAGAACUGCCAAAUUUUAUUGAUUUUCUUAUUCCCACCCUGCUUUCGCUUAAUGCAACAAAUGAAGGCCUGUCACUGGUACUUAGGGAUAGGUUUUUGUACUCGGUUGAAUCUAUAGGUGUUAUUUUGCAUGUUCUUUUCCACAAGAACAUAAAGAUCCUGCCCUUUACACGUUUUUAUGCCGUAAACACGCAAAUGAAGAGGGUAAAAGGUGAUACGGACAAGAAAAGUGCACAGGAUGAAUUGGAUGGAGACAUUACCGUGGAAAUGCAUGCUGAUGAACAAGAAACUGCUAACAGAAUAAAUAAGGACAGAAGCGAACAAAUAUACCAGGUAGAAUGCGAUGAUGACGAAGAUUUAAGAGACGGUGUAGCGCCGAACAGCAAAGAAAAAAACAUUGAAACCGUUCUGAUAGAGGACAUCGGUGACGAGGAUAACACCAACCAUAGAAAGAAGGAGGAACGGUCAUCAGGUGCCGGCAUUUUUCCAAAAAAUCCAAGAAUCAGCACUUCUAAAAUUAACUACAACAUGAUCAAGGACAUAAAAGGGCUAGAACAAAGUCUUAAAAAACUAAGAAACUUCGACAGAAGAGGUAACCAGAAAGACUAUGCCAGUGUGUCUCAUGAAGAUCAUUCUUACACCUCGUCUCUAAGGAUGCCCUACAACGAAAAUAAUACGAAGGUAUUUGCUCUUGAGUACAAGAUAGAGGAUGAGACUAACGAUCUGGACGCACGUAAGAAAUUUGAAGAAGAGGGCUCUACUUUUAAAAGAAGUUCUAAGCUAAGUGACAGUAAGGAUUUUUGUAAAAGAAAGCAGGGUAAAAGAUUCUAA